GCAGCGGGCCGGAAGGCUUUCUUUGCUGCGCUCUCUUUGAGGAAUUGUUAGGGCAGGUGGGGCGGAAAUUUCUUCAGAUAGUGGCUGGCCUGGUCUCCCUCAGUUUAGAGACGAGAUGGUCCUGAGUCCUUCAGUUUGAGGAAUGAAGUGAAUGGGAUCCUCUCAUUUGGGGAAAGCAGGGAGAUGAAUCCCUUUCAGUUUGGAGCAAGAAGUGAAAAUAGAUUCUACUCAGUUUGAAGAAAGAGGUGGGAUCAUUUUCCUUUAGUUGGGGGAAGAAGAGGAAGCGAUGCUUCUCAGUUCUGGGAAAAGGAUGAGAUGACGCAGUUUGAGGAGGGAGGUAGAACACGUUUCUCUCAGUUUUGGGGAAGAAGUGGAAUGGGUGCCCCUCAGUUUGAAUAAGCGGAGAUGGUUCUCACUUUGAGACGAGAUACGCCUAAUGCCCCUCAGAUUUGGGGGGAAAGUUGAGUGGAUUCCUCUUAGUUUGAAGGGAAUUGAUAGUCUGUGUUUUCCGUAGUUUAGGGAAAGAAGAUGCGUUCUCUUCAGUUUCAUGGAAAAGGUGAGGAGUUUCCUGUAGUUUGAGGGAAAUGAAGAGGAAUGGCGCUCCUCGGUUUGGGAGAUGAGAGGAAUAGCCCCCUUCUCAGCUUGGGCCCCGUCCGGGCCUUGGGUUUUCUGGAGACCUUGAGGACAGCGCUGUCCACACGAUUCUCUGGGAGCGCCCAGUGCGCGUGCGCAGCUCUGAUCUGGGCUGGAGCCCGAAGGGGGUCCCAGGCUCUACUGGGCGGCGCCUAUGGAGGCGGCGGCGCACUGCUCCCUGCGAUCUCUUGGCUGCAGCGAGAGAGCCGUGGGCUGAGUACCAGGGGCCAGCUGCUCUCUGCUCGGUGGCACUUGCCUUGGAGACGAGCCCCUUUCGUCUGGAUCCUGCCUCCUGGCAGAUCCCUGGCCCUUCCGCGGCGGGCUGACACCUUCCGCGGGUGGGACGCCGCUGGUGAUUCGGGGGUGCUGUGGUCGCUCACAGCUGGAAUCCGGCUGGGGAAGGCGUGGGGCAGGUUUGGAGAAGCAGAUUGAAAGGAAUAGGUUGCAGGACUUGGGGGUGGGCUGCACUGGGGAAUUUCCAGAGCUGAGACUGGUUUAGACGGGAGGAGCUGGGGGCCUGAGUACGAACGCCCGGGGCAGGAUCUGGGAGUCCGUACCUGGCUUGGGGGUAUCAGUUGGGAUUGGGGGUAGCGCUUCUCACGUGCUUGUGACGCGGGGGCGGCUGGUAGGAGGCCGCGGCGACGUGGGGCCGGCUCCAGUGCAGUGCCUGGAGGGCGACUAGGCAGGAAGCAGGAUGCUGCGCGCCGCGCUGUCGCUCCUAGGGCUGCCCCUCGUGGUGGCAGCAGCAACUGAAGAACCCACCCAGGAGCCGGGGUCCCCGGGCGAACCUCCCCCAGAGUUGGCGCUUUUCCGCUGGCAGUGGCACGAGGUGGAGGCCCCCUACUUGGUAGCCCUGUGGAUCCUGGUGGCCAGCCUGGCCAAAAUCGUGUUUCACUUGUCUCGGAAGGUGACAUCUCUGGUCCCUGAGAGCUGCCUGCUGAUUUUACUGGGACUGGUGCUUGGAGGCAUUGUCUUGGCUGUGGCUAAGAAAGCCGAAUACCAGUUGGAGCCAGGCACCUUCUUCCUCUUUCUGCUGCCUCCUAUUGUGCUAGACUCGGGCUAUUUCAUGCCUAGCCGGCUGUUCUUUGACAACUUAGGUGCCAUCCUCACCUAUGCCGUGGUGGGCACACUCUGGAAUGCCUUCACAACAGGUGCUGCCCUCUGGGGCCUGCAGCAGGCUGGACUUGUGGCCCAUAGAGUACAGGCUGGCUUGCUGGACUUCCUGCUGUUCGGGAGCCUCAUCUCAGCAGUGGACCCAGUGGCUGUGCUGGCUGUCUUUGAGGAAGUGCAUGUCAAUGAGACACUCUUUAUCAUUGUUUUUGGCGAGUCCCUGCUCAAUGAUGCAGUCACUGUGGUGCUGUACAAAGUCUGCAACUCCUUUGUGGAGAUGGGCUCUACCAAUGUGCAGGCCACUGACUACCUGAAGGGGGUCGCCUCCCUGUUUGUGGUCAGUCUGGGCGGGACAGCCGUGGGCUUAGUGUUUGCCUUCCUCCUGGCCCUGACUACACGCUUCACCAAGCGGGUCCGCAUCAUCGAGCCACUGCUGGUCUUCCUCCUCGCCUAUGCAGCCUACCUUACUGCUGAAAUGGCCUCGCUCUCUGCCAUUCUUGCGGUGACUAUGUGUGGCCUGGGCUGUAAGAAGUAUGUGGAGGCCAACAUCUCCCAAAAGUCACGCACAACUGUGAAAUACACAAUGAAGACUCUAGCCAGCUGUGCUGAGACUAUCAUCUUCAUGCUGCUUGGCAUCUCAGUUGUGGAUUCUUCUAAGUGGGCCUGGGACUCUGGGCUGGUGCUGGGCACCCUUUUCUUCAUCCUGUUCUUCCGAGCCCUCGGUGUAGUUCUGCAGACAUGGGUGCUGAACCAGUUCCGGCUGGUCCCUCUGGACAAGAUUGAUCAGGUGGUGAUGUCCUAUGGGGGUCUCCGGGGGGCUGUGGCCUUUGCUCUCGUCAUCCUACUGGACAAGACCAAGGUCCCUGCCAAGGACUACUUUGUAGCCACUACUAUUGUGGUGGUCUUCUUCACAGUCAUUGUGCAGGGCCUGACCAUCAAACCACUGGUCAAGUGGCUGAAGGUGAAGAGGAGUGAGCAUCACAAACCCACCCUGAACCAGGAGCUGCAUGAGCAUACUUUUGACCACAUUCUGGCCGCAGUGGAGGACGUUGUGGGGCACCAUGGCUAUCACUACUGGAGGGACAGGUGGGAGCAGUUUGACAAGAAGUAUCUGAGUCAGCUGCUGAUGAGGCGGUCAGCCUACCGCAUUCGGGACCAGAUCUGGGAUGUGUACUACAGACUCAACAUCCGGGAUGCCAUCAGUUUUGUGGACCAGGGAGGCCACGUCUUAUCCUCCACUGGACUCACUCUGCCGUCUAUGCCCAGCCGAAAUUCUGUGGCAGAGACCUCUGUCACCAACCUGCUGAGGGAGAGUGGCAGUGGAGUGUGUCUGGAUCUGCAGGUGAUUGACACAGUACGUAGUGGCCGGGACCGUGAGGAUGCUGUUAUGCACCAUCUGCUCUGUGGAGGCCUCUACAAGCCACGCCGAAGGUACAAAGCCAGCUGCAGCCGCCACUUCAUCUUGGAGGAUGUACAGGAGCGGCAGGACAAGGAGGUCUUCCAGCAGAACAUGAAGCGGCGACUGGAGUCCUUUAAGUCCACCAAGCACAACAUUUGCUUCACCAAGAGCAAGCCACGACCCCGCAAGGCUGGCUGCAAGAAGAAGAAUGGUGUGGCUUACACUGCAGCUACAAAUGAGAAGUCUCCUGGAGACCUGGGCUUUCAGGACACAGCUGCUGUGAUCUUAACUGUGGAGUCUGAGGAGGAGGAGAGCUACAGUUCUGAGACAGAAAAGGAGGACGACGAGGGAAUCAUCUUUGUGGCUCGGGCCACCAGUGAGGUUCUCCAAGAGGGCAAGGUCUCAGGGAGCCUUGAAGUAUGUCCGAGUCCACGUAUCAUCCCCCCCUCUCCAACCUGUGCAGAGAAGGAACUACCCUGGAAGAGUGGGCAGGGGGACCUUGCAGUUUACGUGUCCUCAGAAACCACCAAGAUUGUGCCAGUGGACAUGCAGAUGGGCUGGAACCAGAGCAUCUCAUCCCUGGAGAGCCUGGCAUCCCCACCCUGCACCCAGGCUCCAACUAUGACAUGCCUGCCUCCCUGCCCACUGGCCACUGAAGAGCCACAGGCCCCUUUUGGCCUGCCUUCUGAUCUGCACCCUAGCUUCGCCUUUCCUCCAAGCCUGGCCAAGGCUGGCCGCUCUCGCAGUGAGAGCAGCGCUGACAUCCCCCAGCAACAGGAGCUGCAGUCCCUCAUGGAACAUGAGGACCACUCAAAUCUUAGCCCAGGCACUGCCAACUCCCACUGGUGCAUCCAGUUCAACAGAGGAGGCCGGCUGUAGCCCAGGGACUAAGGGAGGAGCAGGAGGCUGGAGUCCCCACACAAACGGCAGAGGAGUCCACUCAGCCUGACAUGGGGUCAGAGGGGCCUGGACUGAAGUAGCAACUGGGCUCCCUUAGGGCAGGUCAGCAGGGUCUCUUGGGCUGGUCCUUAAAGGGACCCUUUUCACCACCACCCCUGCUCCUAACUCCUGCCACCUUCCCUUUUAAUGAGACCCUAACCCUGACUCAAGACCCAGUCCAGAGCUAGGGGAUAGGCCCAGAGACUUGGAUAUUUGAUGUCUCUUCCCCAGUGAGUCUUCCUGGGGCAACUUUAAGCAGCUGUUUCCUGCCCCCAAAGCAAGGGCAUCAUUCCUCGGUUGACACUGGCUUUUUACUGCCCUCCACCCCCUCCUUAGCACCAGCUCAAGAACAGUGGCAAUGUAGCCCUGUCCUCAGAGGGUUUGGGGUGGGAGGUGAAGCAGGUCUCACCUUGGGUUUUGCUGCCCUGUUGCAUCAGCUACCCAUAACCAAUUUUUUUUUUUAGGGCACUGGGAAUCUGUCUUCACCUCUUGCUUUAUCUCCUUCUGUUUGCUGCCAAUUAUUGGGGUGAUAUCUCCUCCUUUUCCAGGACCAAGGCCACAGGGCUGAGCCAGGCUUCAGGUCAGGACUGCUUUUUAGCCAUUGUCACUCUGAGGAUCUGCUGCUCUGCAUCCAAGUCUGGAUUUUUCAGAUCCUUGGGUCUGGGUUUUCUAAGGAAAGGAGACAGUGGCCUCUGGGCUUCCACAUUACCACCUUGACAUUGCCCAAACAUGAAAGGAGCCAGGGCCACUGCUCCACUACUCUGGGGGCUAGAAUGCCUGGCCAAGGCAGGCAAAGGGCUGACAGGGUGGCAGGUAACUUCCCUGGGGUUAGCACCUGCCCUGUGUUGUGUACCUUGAUCCGAAGAUACAUUAAACAUUUCUUAAAUGGA